UCGUAGAUUACAACUAUUACAACUAGAUCGCCGUGUUUAUAUAUACCUAUAUAACUAUACAACUUUUCUUUGGUCUAACUAUACCCCUUAAGAAGAAGCAAAAGGAAAAGCAAAAGGAAAAGAAAGAAAAAGAAAAAACUAAAAGCGUUAAAUCAGGUAAGCCAUGGGGAUACGCGAUCUUAUCAAAAAGAAAGAUCAACUAGAUGGUGGUGGUCAAGGCGGCGGCGUAGAUCGCGAAACUUUAGAUAGACUCGCCGGGCCCGAGUUUACCUUCAUACGGUCCGACACGAGCACUCAAGAGAUCAUUCAUCCUCCGAGUUACUCCAAGGCAUAUAACGGCAAUAACAAUUACCUAGCAGCCAAAGAGGCCGCGACGUCCCCUUCGAAGACGCGCCGUAGUCUUGACGUCUUCAGGCCGCGAUCGCGGGGCAGCAGCACAUCCUCGGUCCAGAACGACGGCUCCUCGCGCAACCAACCCAGCGGCCACCAUCGCAUAACACAGCGUCUGCACCUGUCUAAAGCUCCGCCUACGUCCGACUACGUGCCCGAAAAUCUACCGCAAAUCAACGUCUUGGCCGAAGUUGGAUCGGGUGGCGGCCAAGGAGGAGUCGGAGGGGCGGGUAUAGACAAGGACGCAUACGAGGGACAAUGGGAGAAGAGAGCGACGAUACUAGCCGAAGCGAACGAGAGAGGGCAGCGCCGGAGCAGCAGAUCGCCUGGUGUCGUGUCGCCGUCUCGGUCGCCAUCUCCUUCGCCCUCGGCAGAAUUGGCUGGAUUGCGGCUGCGUGAUGACGGAGGAAACGGAAACGGAUACAAGACGGACGGCGUGGUCUCGUCAAAGGUGAUAGACGACAACAUUCAGGAAGCCAUCCGAUUGCACGAGGAUGGGCAGCUCGACCAGUCUACGCAGCUGUUUGGACGUCUGGCCGAUCCCCAGGGCGCGAAUAACCCCCUAAGUCAGGUUCUUUACGGUCUUGCUCUAAGGCACGGCUGGGGUUGCGAUCCAGAUCCCGAACGAGCUAUCACCUACCUAUCGGCGGCAGCGUCGAAUGCGGCAGCGGUCGAGAGCAUGGCGCUACAGGCGGGCCUAAAGAAAGGAGGUGCCGCUAAGGGAGAACUCGUCCUGGCUAUCUUCGAAUUGGCGAAUUGCUUCCGCCACGGCUGGGGCAUACCGCGAGAUCCAGUCGCUGCUAAGCAGUACUACGAGACAGCGGCCAACCUUGGAGAUACUGGUGAGUGGUUCGACGUCGUCGAAGGCAGGCAAUGCCGUUGCCGUUGCCGUUGCUUGAACGGACUUGGUGAUGGGAUAGGCUGACAAGGGCAUGUUCCUCGGUGUACGCAGAUGCCAUGAAUGAAGUCGCCUGGUGCUAUCUGGAGGGUUUCGGAUGCAAGAAAGACAAGGUACGUUAGGCGCGAAGCUAGGUCUCCUCGCUGUCUAUCUAUUACCUCUCUUCGCUACGUAUCACU